AUGCGGAUGUUUCGGAUAGCUGUUUCAGCAUUUUUAGCUGGCGAGACACUAUUCGCCAACGCCCAGGAACAGAAGCCACUAACCGGAGUUGAUGAACUGCCAGGCUCAAACUUUGACGUCCGCGAACAGUCUCCUGGCCUCUGUGAUGCUGGGUCUCGGCAAUGGACGGGCACAGUCAACGUUACGGCCGACAAGUCUAUGUUUUUCUGGUACUUUGAGAGCCGACGCAACCCAGAAACAGACCCAUUGUUACUAUGGAUGAGUGGUGGUCCAGGUGCAGCGGGAGAGAUGGGACUGUUCAUGGGUAGUGGCCCUUGCUCUGUAAACCGUGACGGAAACUCGACUAAGCGUCUCGAAUAUUCUUGGAUCGAUCAAGCAAACGUCGUCUACAUCGACCAACCAGUGGGUGUCGGCUUCUCACAGAUAACAGAUCGAGAUCAGAUCGCCGUGACCCUGAAACAGGGAGCCCAAGAUGUGUACUCAUUCUUGUCGACACUAUCACAUGAUGUCUUCCCGGAACUUGCCGGACGGCCGUGGCAUAUAACGGGAGAGUCGAUGGGAGGUCACUACGUCACUGCUUACACACAAUACAUAGCAUCUCUCGAGCGAGAGAAUGCCAAGAAGGGCCUCGAGCCUCGUAUCAACAUCUCAUCAGCCGUCAUCUUGGAUGGGUACAUCGACGCGACUCGCCAAUUUGUCGGCUACUACGACUUCUUUUGCACAGACUGGGCGUCUGAUGGCCGUAAGACACCCCUGAUGAACGAUACCGCCUGCGCUGCAAUGGAAGCCGCGAUACCCACCUGCGAGGUGAUGGCAGCUCGUUGUAGAGAGUCCUACGAUAUCGACAUUUGCCGUGCCGCAAACGAGGUUUGCGAGGAGACUCUUGGCAAGUAUCUCCUUGAUGGAGUACGCCCUGGAGGAUGGGAUCCCUAUGACAGCCGACAUCCGUGUGAGAUUCCUCCUAUAUGCUCGAACCUUGCAUAUGGGCCUACUUGGAAGUAUUUCAAUCGCAAUUGGGUCCAGAAAAAACUCGGAUUUCACAAUUUCCCAUUUAAUCUGAUUGACUUUGACGUGGGCGAGCGCUGGGAGAAGGAUGGACAUAUACAUCUCCCCGUGACUCGGGAGCUAACCUGGAUUCUUGACGAGACAGACAUCAAAGUUCUGUUCAUCAACGGAAAUAAUGACAUUAUUAUAAACACGCCGGGCCAAAUGCGAAUGUUGGAUGAGCAACCUUGGAAGGGCCAGGCACAGUAUCAGAACCUCGGCUACAAGGACUGGCACUUUAGUGACGGUGAAGUCACAACAGAUGUAGAAGGAUGGGGCGUAAGGAGAGGGGGCUUCUGGAAAGGGACGGAUCGGUUGAGGUUCUACUCGGUUGACGAAGCUGGGCAUCUUUCCGCUUACCAUCAGCCAGAAGCCAUCGGUGCCAUUUUGCGAUGGUGGCUUGAUGAAUACUAG